AUGGCAUUGUCAGGCUCAGUCACUACUUGUCUUUCUCCACCUGUGCAUUAUGUGAUUUGCAGACUUGGAUUUGAGAAAAAAGACACCUAUGAUAUUAGUAAUAUUUUGUCUGAAAAUGGUGAAGUAUGUUGGCAAGCUGUUACAGAGCAUGUGUGUUACCGUGAAUCAGAUCAAAGUGUGGAUUAUAUCAAAAGCAUACGAUCAUUAGGACCUGUAUGUGAAUCUGUUAAUUUGCACUUCAAAUCUCUGACCAAGGAGCAAUUUGUAAUUCAGUAUGCAUUAUGGUUCCACUGGACAAACUACACAGAGUUAUUUCUUGAAGUAUUUGAUGUUCUACACUAUACACAAUCUACAGAAGUUGCUCUUGGCUUAAUGAAACUAACGUCAUGCUUGGAGCGAGCCUUGGGUGAUGUAUAUUUACUGAUUGGUAAAGAUUGCCCUUUCCUUCUAAGAGACUUGCUUGCUUCUGAGCAGCUUGCAGUUGUCUUUGGACAAGCUGUAAUGAAUGUACUGAGGGUAUUCAUUGGAUCUCCGUAUGGUCUGAAUCUUCGUAAUGUUUUGUGGCAUGGGUUUGCAUCCCCAGAAGAAAUUCCCGCAAAAUAUUGUGCUAUGCUGCUUUUUUUAACUGCAGGAUUGGGUCAGUUGUUACAGACAUAUCUUCUGCAGACUAAAUGCGUUUUAGUACAUCGACCUUAUGUGAUCUUCGUUAGCUUAGAGGAACUUGAUGUAUUUCCAGAUCUUAAUCAUGAAACACUUUCCAUAGCUGAAGAGCUAGUAAAACUGUCCAGUUUUGUAUUAAAAACAAUGUUACCAUUUUGGAUGGCUGCUUUAACAGCUUUCAAGCAAAGCAGGUAUGCUGACUGUGUGAUUCUCUUACUUCCUCAGCUGGAAGUUGGACUUAGAUUGCUCUUCACUACAACUAAUAAAUGUCCAAAUCGAUUGCUAACAGCUGAGCCUUCUGCUCUCUACACCACUUUCGAUGAGAUGCUAGCAAAGCAUUUGGAUAAUGAAGAAGUCAACCAGCUUCCUGCAGUUCUUGAGGAACCUGCCAUGGAAUUUCUCUGGGAUUUCUUGAACCACCAGGAGGGUCCACGUAUAAGAGAUCGUUUAAGCCAUGGAGAGAUCAAUCUAGAAGCAUUUCCCAGAGGCGUAGCUAAUCAGAUAGUUGCAUUUGCAAUUACUCUUCUCUGCAGAUUCUCGGAUGAGGACAUGUUUGCUUUUAAGGAACACAUGGUCAUAAAACCACUGAUGAACUGUGCAAGUUGCUACCGUUCUCGAUUUCAUCCAGUUUCCCGACUCAAGAAACAG